AUGGCCCUGAUUGAACCAGCAGGCACGGCCUCAAGCGGUGGGCCAAGCCCGGAGACUAGCUCGCUUCCUCGAAUCGGCUCGCGGACCUUCCGAAUAUCAGACACCUCGGGAGAGUCCGCGCGGGACAGGCUGGACUUGGAAGAGUUCAAGGCGCGCUUGACAGAAGGGUUCAACCUCGUCAAGCAUAGCAGAUCGGGAAAAGCGAGCAAUCGUGUCAUUUACACCGUGGAUAAUGGAGUCCACUUCCGCAUGGCGAAGGGCAAGAAGGGGUCGCUCUCCAAACUGUCGCUCGGCACUCAGGAGUUUUCCUUGUUAUCGUUGGCACAGGUGCGCAUGGGCACAGACAAGGACCCAGAGCACGAGGACAAGACCGGGUCGAAUCCGCUGCGCCAGGGAUGCCCGACGGAGGAGGACCUCCGAAAGGGCUUCAGCCUCGUAUACCUCUCCAGGACGCUUGAUUUCUCGUGCGAGUCGGAAGACGAGAUGCACUACAUCGUCAACGGCUUCCGGGCAAUGGUGGCGGAGACGUUGGCCGCGGGGGCGGGCUCGUCGGCGUUCGGCAGCCAAUCGUGGGUCAGAAAAGAGACUCGCUGAGGCACCAGGGGGGGGGCGGGAGGGGGCCGGGCAUUGUGUGCACGCUUGCAGCUGGGACGGCAACCGGGGGGAGGGGGGGGGAAGAGACGAAGCAUGCCCUUAUGGGGGGUACGGGGUGACUUCUGGUGGUAGUAUCCCAACUGCUUAACAACGCGCGGAGCGUGUGAGUGAGUGAACGAGUGAGGUUUGGAAACUGUUGAGGCUGACUUGACUUUCCGUCAGAGGAAGGCUCCUGGACGUGCCAAUAUUUUUGGGUCGACUCCCACCGCCGUUCCAACGGAUCAUGGUGCAGAACAAAGAUAGAUGCCAACGCUACAAUACGUGUUCCCGGUGUUACGCCGCGUUUUUGGUCGCGUUCCUGUUGGCUGAGGGCUAGUGGCUCUCACUCACCCUCUCUCUUGUCCUGGCAGUUUCUUGUCCGCCCUGGGGGAUAGAGUGGGAGUAGACGUCCUUCCUUCUUUUAAGUUUAUCGUGGUGGUGAAAGAAAUCAUGUCGAAGGAGGGGAGGGAGAGGGUCGACGUCGAUCGCUUCUGUUUGCCCUCGUCUUUUCGGGCGGUUUGGCGGCAGCAGCGGCGAUUUAGAGGGCGGAUAGAGGCAGGCACUACUACCUGCUUGUGUGGGGGGUUUUGGGUUGAGUUGGAAGUCUUGUGGCGAUAUUUUUAGGGCGGGGGGCGGAGGGAGGCAUACAGUCAGUGCGUAGGGUAUACUUUAAUCAGGUGUUCCUCGGGAGAGGCGGGCGUGGCCAUGGGUGAGAGAGAAGACAUGGUCGCCAUCAGGCAUGCGUACACCGUAUAGUGGCACACUUACACUUGUCGUCCUAGAACAAGAGAGGUGUGAGCUCAAGUCCCGACUUCAAUGAGUUUUGUGCCCUGUCGUUUGGUUCUCUUUUUCUUUUUCUUUUCCACGAUUCUUGUUGCAUGCGUGAGAGAUGGAGAGAAGUGCGUGAGAAAAUGUACCCAGGGACGAGCCAUUUAUGACACUCCGGUUUACGUUUGUUCACCAACACGAGUGCUUCGAUUGCACUAAUGUUGAACGUCCGUUGGUUUAUGCAACGAACGGUUUGCACGGUGUCAAGCAUCGGGUGUUGUUGGCUGCAAACCCUGGGGGGUCGCCGGAUCGGAGCGCGCCCGCGCGGGGGGGGGCGGGGUGGAAGCUAGUGAGCAAGUGGUGGGUCGAUAUCGCUGGUGAGAUCUUUCGUAUCCAUUCGUUCCUGUACCUCGCCCCCCGAGAUAUGCGUAUCUAUCCGGGUGGGCACUGUGCAUAUGUGUGAUGUCCGCUGGACUCUGAUGGUUCCAGCUGCGCAUCAGAGAGGCAGGGAGGGGCACGUUUGCGCGAGGAACUACUCGGUAGAUUCAUUUUGAAAGCAGCAGUUGCUGCUGCAGGUCCCUCCAAUCCACACGCGACAUGUAGCCCAAGUCUAUGCAUACACCCGACAGAAAGAACAGCAGUAGUCACGUUUUCAGUUUUCCUCUCUCUUGUGUGUGCGUGUGGGGGGUGCGUAGUGAAGGUGUGGGUGUGACCAGAGGGCAAGGUCGAUUGGUCACACAAAGCCCGCUGGUGCCCAUUGUGUUCCUUUGUUAAUAUAUAAGUAUGAUUUCUUUUCGGGAUUUAUAAUCUGUUGCUCCUCUUUUCGUCGUCGAGACAUGCGGGUCUGUUCGGAGGAGGGUGGUGAGAUUCCACACACAAGUGUUCGAGAUCUUUGCAUUUGGGUUCUGUCUUGCCGUUUGGUGGCAAGAGACUUCCAGGACCGGGUUGCCGCGUGGGGUGCUGCUGUGCGUUCGUGUUUUCCUGCGAUGCUCGCACAUGAUGUAGCGUUUGUUUUGUCUGUUUGCAUGCGAAGAGGUUGCUGUUGAAGCAGCUGUGCUGCUCGGCAAGAAUUGAGUCGAGUCGCCGCUUUUUUGUCUUUUCAUCCACAUUGUAGUAUAUACAUUUUUACGGUGUCCUCUUUUUUGUUUCGUUCUAUUUUCUAGGUGGCGGGUGGGCGUUUUUCCCGGGCUCCAGCUUGCCCGCCGCCCCCCUCCAACGAUAAAAGAGCAACGAGUUAAACCACCAGAAAUUUUGCCCUUUCCUUACGAGAGAGAGGCGAAAAAUGGAAGGACUUUCACGA